GUGUGCCUGUGGGUGCCCUGCUAAAGAGAGCCAGUGUAGUGUAGACACAACUUCGUUGGGGUGGAAUCAGAGGAGCCUGGUUGCGGAUCCUUGCUCAGCAGUAAGGAUUCUUGGCUAAUGUUGUGUUAGUCAUCCCAGCUUUAUUGGGUGUUGCAAUUCAGCAAUACUUGCAAAUUUCCCCCACCUUAAAAUGCAUGCAUAAAUUUGGAGAGGCCAUGGAGUAGAAACAGACAAAUAAAGAAAGACAAACCAGUUGGUGAACAAGAGAGAAGAGGCAUCACGACACACAGGGAACCCCUCAGACUUGAGCUGUACCUGAAACGCCCUUGGGGGGGGGGCUUCUGGAUCCUGACAGCCCCUCCUUAAGUGUGCUUUGGAAUGGACCUCCAGUUCAGCAGCCUCCAGGCACAAGGAUGAAGUGACUCCACAGCUUUAGUUCAAUCAACGAAUUUGCGGGAUCUGAAUCCAGAGCUCUCGAAAAGUAGGAGAGCCCACCAGGACGACAAAUGGCUGAAAGAAGAAUAUGCACUGACACAAUCUCAGGAAACCCCAAGAUGGCUGCCAAGCGCAAAGGUGGCCUGAAAUUAAACGCAAUCUGUGCCAAGCUCAGCCGCCAGGUAGUCUUUGAGCACAAAGGACCUGAGCAGGGACAUGUCGACCGAGCUCCCCUUGGGUGGGAAAGCGUUGGCGUUGACGCGGCGGGCCCCAAGGAGGUUGCCCAGGCAGCCGCCAAGGAACCGGGGGCCGAGUUUCCAGAGGGGCCGAAGCGCGUGCAGAAGAUCGAAGAGGACAAGCGGAGGGAGGUGAUCGAGAAGUGGGUCAACGGCGAGUACGGCGAAGACCCCUUGCUGGGGCGCAUCGAGAACAAGGAGCCCAAGGCCCCCGAGGGGACGGAGGUGCCCCCCGAGGGAGUCUACAUGGUCCAGCCGAAAGGUUGCAGCGACGAUGAGGAUAACGGGGACGAAGCCACACCCCUGAAGGACUCCCAAGAUGGCAGCUUCCUGGAGGACCGCGAUUCGGACGGGCCUCCCCCGAAGGACGAAAGCUUUCGGGCCUCCAACAGUGAAGCCAGCUCCAAGCUCGGUGGAGGAGCUCCUGCAGGGGAGGCGUCAUCGCUGCGAGACUACGCCGCUACUACCAUGAGCGAGUUCCUCGGCAUGUUUGGCUACGAUGACCAGAAUAUGCGGGAUGAGCUGGCUCGGAAGAUCAGCUUUGAGAAGCUGAAUGCUCCUACCUCAGAGACCACCAGCCCAGCCACGGUUGCCCCCUCCCUUGCCGGCGAGGAUGCCAUGAGCAAGAGGGCUCGCUUUUCCAAAUACGAGGAAUACAUACGCAAGUUGAAGGCUGGCGAGCAGGUCCCGUGGCCAGUUCAUCCAGUUAAGACGGAGGAGCUGACCAGCAAGCUCAGCAAAGAGGCCCCCAUGGCCUUGGGCCAAGCCCUCCGGUUGCCGGCCCCCGAAACGUCGCUCCUGCCGGAGACGAAAGCCACCAUUUUGCCUCUGCCUUCGUCCAGCAGCUCCCAGAUGCAAGGGCUGAUGUCGCGGGCCUCCAAGUACGAUUUCUUCAUCCAGAAACUGAAGACAGGGGAGAAUCUCCGGCCACAGAACGGGAACACCUACAAGAAGACGUCCAAGUAUGACUUGGAGAACGUCAAAUAUUUGCAUCUCUUCAAGCCCGGGGAAGGCAGCCCAGACAUGGGAGGAGCCAUCGCCUUCAAGACGGGCAAAGUCGGUCGUCCAUCCAAGUACGAUGUCAGGAACAUCCCGAAGAUUACCCCGGUCAAAGCACCAGCUCCUAGCCUGGGCCCCAACCCUAUGGCCAGCACUCCCAGCAGCACCCCAGUAGCUGGCCCGGAGCAACCCGCCUCUCUGCCCUUCAGCACUCCAGAAUACCUUAAAUCCACUUUCUCCAAGACGGAUUCCAUCACUACCGGGACAGUUUCCACUGUUAAGAAUGGAUUAACCACUGACAAACCAGCUGUCACCGAAGAUGUAAAUAUUUACCAGAAAUAUAUUGCCAGGUUUUCCGGAAGCCAGCAUUGUGGACACAUUCACUGCGCAUACCAAUACCGGGAGCAUUAUCACUGCCUUGAUCCAGAAUGCAACUACCAGAGGUUCACCAGUAAGCAGGACGUGAUCCGCCAUUACAACAUGCACAAGAAACGGGAUAACUCCCUCCAGCACGGCUUCAUGCGGUUCAGCCCCCUGGACGACUGCAGCGUCUACUAUCACGGCUGCCACCUCAACGGGAAAAGCACACACUAUCACUGCAUGCAGGUGGGCUGCAACAAGGUCUACACCAGCACCUCCGAUGUGAUGACCCAUGAAAACUUCCACAAAAAGAACACGCAGCUGAUCAACGAUGGCUUCCAGCGCUUCCGGGCCACCGAAGACUGCGGCACGGUGGACUGCCAGUUCUACGGGCAGAAGACCACUCACUUCCACUGCAGGCGGCCCGGUUGCACCUUCACCUUCAAGAACAAGUGCGACAUCGAGAAGCACAAGAGCUACCACAUCAAGGACGACGCCUACGCCAAGGACGGCUUCAAGAAGUUCUACAAGUACGAGGAAUGUAAGUACGAGGGCUGCGUCUACAGCAAGGCCACCAACCACUUCCACUGCAUCCGGCCCGGCUGCGGCUUCACCUUCACCUCCACCAGCCAGAUGACCUCCCACAAGCGCAAACACGAGCGCCGCCACAUCCGCAGCUCGGGCAUGCUGGGUUUGCCCGCCUCGCUGCUGGGCGCCAAGGAGAACGAGCAGGAGGAAUCCAGCAACGACGACCUGAUCGAUUUUUCCGCCAUGAGCUCCAAGAACUCCAGCCUGAGUGCCUCCCCCACCAGUCAGCAGUCUUCCGUCUCCUUGAUCGUCCCGGGCACUCCUUCCUCGGCCGCCGAGCUGGCCGCCAGCAAACCCGCCAGCAAUAUGCCCCCGGCCUCCAAAAUGCCCGCCCUGCUCUCGCAGGCUCUCCCGAGCAAUAUCCCUUUGGCCCUGGCCUUGCCCAACGCAGCGCUUCCGGGAACGGCAGGCUCCUACUUCCCCGUGCUCCCCGGCCGGGUCUCGGCCCAACUCCCCGCCAGCUCCACCGGCUUGCUAGCCGCCGGCACGCCCAGCACCAACCCGGCGUCUUCGGCCUGCUCCCCUUCCCCGGCCCUCUCAGGUUCUGGCGACGCGGCGGCCAUCUCUUCGCCAACUCCAGCCUCCUCCAUCAUGGAGAAGAUCUCGGCCAGCAAAGGGUUGAUUUCGCCCAUGAUGGCUCGGCUGGCGGCGGCGGCCCUGAAGCCCUCCGUGGCGGUGGAGGCAGGAAACGGGCAGCCCACGACCCCUGGGCGGUUUAACCUAACGCAGAUGAAGCCCGAGGCGGCUGAGAAUCCCGGCUCGGGACCCGCCGCAAGCCAGGAUUCCUUGCAGGAGCACAGCCUGGACCUUAGAAUGAAAGAUCACGGUAAUGAAUCAAAUGGCCACACAGUCUCGGCAAAUUCAUCUCUUUUAUCCUCGCUUAUGAAUAAGAUGUCUCAGAAUAACCCGAACCUGGGAAGCCUCCUCAGCGUGAAGGGGGAGAGCGACGGUGGGCAGCUGCCAGCUGCGGGAGACGCCAGUCAGUAUUUGGGCAAGACAGUGAAGGCUCUGGUUCAGGAGAAGCUCGCCGAGCCCUGGAAGAUGUAUUUGCGCAGAUUUGGCACCAAGGAUUUCUGUGAUGCCCAGUGCGACUUCCUUCACAAGAUGCAUUUCCACUGUGUGGUGGAAGAGUGUGGGGCCCUCUUCAGCACUGUGGAUGGAGCCCUGAAGCACGCUAAUUUCCACUUCCGAACAGAGGGGGGCGCCGCAAAGGGAACCUCGGAGCACAGCUUCCCAACUCCGGCAGAGAACAAGACCUCCAUCACCCCUUCCUCUCCAUCCACCGCCUCCGCCCUUCUGGCCGCGGCCGCAGAGGGGCCCACCGCGAAUCCGGCUAGCGUGCCGUCCGCUCCCACGCUCCUGGCCUGGAAACAGCUGGCCUCCACCAUGUCUCAGCUGCCGGCCUCGGGGGCCGGCCUGACCACCUCCCCUUUGGCCACCACGUCCCUGGAGAACGCCAAGCCCCAGGUCAAGCCGGGCUUCCUCCAGUUCCAAGAGAACGAUCCUUGCCUGGCAACGGACUGCAAGUACGCCAACAAGUUCCACUUCCACUGUCUCUUCGGGAACUGCAAGUACGUGUGCAAAACCUCCGGGAAGGCUGAGUCCCAUUGCCUCGACCACAUCAACCCCAACAACAACCUGGUGAACGUGCGCGAUCAGUUUGCCUAUUACUCCUUGCAGUGUCUCUGCCCAAACCAGCACUGCGAGUUCCGCAUGCGGGGCCAUUACCACUGCCUCCGCCCCGGCUGCUUCUUCGUCACCAACAUCACCACCAAGCUGCCCUGGCACGUGAAGAAGCACGAGAAGGCCGAGCGAAGGGCCGCCAACGGUUUCAAGUACUUCACCAAGCGGGAAGAAUGCGGCAGGCUGGGCUGCAAAUACAACCAGGUCAACAGCCACUUCCACUGCAUCCGCGAGGGCUGCCAGUUCUCCUUCUUGCUCAAGCAUCAGAUGACGUCCCACGCCAGGAAGCACAUGAGAAGGAUGCUGGGGAAGAACUUUGACCGCGUCCCCACUCAGGUCAUGGGCCACCCUGCUAGGAAUGACAGCCUCCCUCAAGUGAGCAGCUUGGCCCCCAGCCCAGCUUCAUCAGGGACUCCUGCCUCCUUUCAGGGAGCCCCCAGCCUAAUGGACCCCGAGACGGAGGAGUACUUGGAUUACGCGGGAUGCAGCCCGGGCGCCCUCUCUUCCGAGUCCUCCAACAUGGACCGCAGCUGCUCCAGCACCCCGGUGGGCAACGAGAGCACCUCGGCAGGCUGCCUGGCUGUUCUUCCUCCUCCUCCUGCUGCGGGUGACGAUGUUAGCCACAAUGCACCACCGCCACCUCUGCCUCCAUCUUUCUCACAAGCCCUGCUCAGAUCUCCCCUCCCCUCCCUGCCUUACCUCUUCUCUCCAUCCUGUGUCUCAUACUCUCUGCUAAGUGCCACCCUGGGAUCCAGCAGGGGCAUUGCCUUGCCCACCGCCAGCUCGACAGGGCUCUCACCCAUCCUUGCCAGUCCAGUCAAAAGCGAUGUCCCGCUAGUGCAGGAUGCAGCAGGGAACACAAUCACGAUGCCAACCGCUGCGGGGGCCAAGAAGCGCUUCUGGAUCAUCGAGGACAUGUCGCCCUUCGGCAAGCGCCGCAAGACCCCUUCUUCCCGCAAGAUGCUGGACGAGGGGAUGAUGCUGGAGGGCUUUCGGCGGUACGACCUGUAUGAGGAUUGCAAAGACGCCAACUGCCAGUUCUCCCUCAAGGUCACGCACUACCACUGCACCCGGGAGAACUGCGGGUACAAGUUCUGCGGUCGCACCCACAUGUACAAGCACGCCCAGCACCACGACCGAGUGGACAAUCUGGUGCUGGACGACUUCAAGCGCUUCAAGUCCUCCCUCAGCUGCAACUUCCCCGACUGCCAGUUCUCCGGCAACAGCACACACUUCCACUGUCUGCGCUGCGGCUUCCGCUGCACCGACAGCACCAAAGUGACGGCCCACCGCAAGCACCACGGCAAGCAGGAUGUGAUCAGCGCCGCCGGCUUCUGCCAGUUCAGCUCAAGCGUGGACUGCGAAGUGGCCGAGUGCAAGUACAAACUCAAGUGUUCCCACUUCCACUGCACCUACCCCGGUUGCAAGCACACCGUGGUGGGCAUGUCGCAAAUGGACUCGCACAAGCGCAAGCACGAGAAACAGGAGCGGGGAGAGCUGCCGGCCAUCUCUCCGGGGCCUGAGGGCCUCCCUGCUGCCCCGCUGGAGUACGAAGGCCCAAGUGCUUCCGUUAACCUGGACAGCUCCCUCAACCUGAGCACAGACGCCAAGAGCUCCCUCUUCUUCCUGCAGAACGCGGCGGGCGUGGGGCUCAACGACUCCGUGGACCUCAGCCAGAAGCCCCCCGAGGGCACGGGCGGCCUCCCUCCUGCCCCAGGGGAGAGCCUGGCCCCUCCCGCCAGCAAGCACUUCCUGGCCACCUGCAGCAACGUGGAAGUAGAGGACGAUUCUUCCCACGAUGAUGACGACGAAGAGGAGGAGGAAAUGAACGAGGAGGAGGAGGAGGACGACGAUGAUGAGGACGAGGACGAGGAGGACGAAGACGAAGAGGAGGAAGAGGAGCUGAACACCGAUUCGGAAGACUCGCUCCCUGACACGCAGGGCCUGCCCACGAAAGACAUGAGCGAACUGGAGGAGGCCGUUUUCUCCACCGCGGAUCCCAGUGACGCUUCCACGCCCUCCGGCGACCCGGCCACCGCCCCGGCCCCCGAGGCCUCUCCUUAAUGAGCGACCGCACGGCAGUGGUGGGUGUGGGGGUUUGGCCUUGCAAGCCGAGGAAGCAAAAACUGCAUGAACAGGAGGAGACCUGCUGUGUGAGGGAGAGGCGAGAACAAAUGCUAGAAUGGGCAGAAGAGCAGCAAAAAACCCGACUCUGUCCCAGGAGGUGCCUGCGAGAGACGGAGGGAAGCACUGAUUCUUGGACCACACAAAACACGGAGACAUGACCGGACCGGAGAGGAAGCGGUGGCGGCGGCGGCAACAUCCUGGGGAUAGGGUGGGGUGGGAGGACCCAUCUGUUGGGGUGCACAUGUUUACAAGAGGGCAACAGGCAGAGCAUGGUGGUCCCGCGAUGCAGACGGACGUGACCCUCCCACUUCUGGAUGGAUGUGCUCCCUGUGGCAGGAAGCGGCCUGCCCCUUCCAAGCCCACUUCCCUUCGCGGCGGUGGGAAGACGGGAUGGGUGUUUUUUUUUAACCCUUCGGCUCCGGUGUGUGUUCAUUUGUCCUCUAACACUCCUCCCAUUCUCAGGGAGACGGGGAGGGGGGCAGGCAGCUAGCGCCUGUCGGAGACACGAGGAGGGACGAGCGCGUUAAGUCAUAACGAAAUAUAGAUAUAUCUAUAUAUCUAUAGAUGUAGAUAUAGAUAUAUAUAUAGCGGCAAAGCUGGAUUAGGUUCUGCUAAGCUGCAAGCCGAGUCUUUUUUUUUGCCACCGGGGGAGGGGAGACUAAGGGACGGACGGGGUGGGUUCCGGUAUCACUUAUAUUCCUAUUCCUUUCUUCCCCCUUUCUCCGGCAUCAAAUGAACGGGAGAAAUGGGAGUCUCAGGCAGCUGGGAAUGCUUGGAACAGGGGUAUUUAUUAUCAGUUGUUUUUUUUUGUUUUUUUAAGGAAAAAGAAUAAAAGGAAAAAAAAACAGGUGGGGAAAAACAUGAGAUGAAUUGAUCCAGGCUGAGAGUGAAAUAUCCGUAGUAAUAAUAAUACUAAUACUAUUAAUAAUAAUAAUAGUUAACUAAUUUUACUAAGGAAGAAGGAACUUCUUUAUAAUGUGAGCCUCUCCCUGGAGUUGCGGGGGGGUCUCCUGCUGAUGGAGUGGGGGGCACUAAAGGAACCGAGGUGCAGCUGUAAGCAGCCCACCCUCUGGAGGGGGGGGUUGAAGGCAGAGCCCAGGGAUGACCCUGGAGUUCCAGAGUGCAGCCUGCAGAAAGAGAGGAGGGCUCAUCACAAGCUCUUGGGGGUGACGUGGGGGUCUUUUAAACCCAGGACUCUUCAGCUCCCCCUCCCCCGUGCUGGGUUGCCGGACAAGGGGGAGGAGAACCAGGCCCCAUUUGGCCUCUUCCCCUGAAGGCCUCAGCCCAAAGCAGGUGGACCCAUUCAUGGCAGCAUUUGGUCUUCCCAGUCCAGAGUGGGGACUGGGAAGGUCAAGUGCUCCAGCCCCCCUUACUCCUCCCCCAAAAAACACUGGGAAAGUCCAGGCACUUCCUAGCCUGGAAGGGAACAGCUCCCCAGCUUGGAGGUCUUCCACUUUGGAUACCCGACAGCCGAGGUUUGCCAUGGGCCACGGCCGUUCCCUUCCUGCGUCUUGUGUCUGUGCUGUUGGGCUACAAAAGGGGGGGGGAGUGAAUGGAAAUCGCAAACGAUCCCCGGUCACUUCACAGUGCAAAGAGUGAGAAUGUAACCCAGGAACUUUUGUUGAAUUUAAGGCUAGCCAGGAAGGAAAAGAAUGGCAAAAACCGUUUCAGAUGUCCCGGAAAAAACUAUAGCUGUGUUGCAUUCCCCCCCUCCCCCCGUAAAAGUGGCUAUAUAGAAGAGAGAGAGAGACACAUAGAGAGCGCGCGAGAGAGAAAGGAUCGGUGGGUUACAGCUAGAACAGCUAGAAGGAGUCAUUUUCAGUUUGUACUCUGAGUAUCUGGUGAGAAGCUGCCUUGAGGAAACAGACAUUUGGUUAAAUCUACCAGGAUAACUCCUGCCACACCAUCCAUGUUAUCGAGAGGCAAAAGGGAGCAAAAGGAUUUUUUUUUUUUCCCAUCUGUCCUCGUGGACAGAACGUGGAUCGCGACGUAUUUCGGGAUUUCAAUUUGGCAGACAUUUUUUUUAAAAAAUGAUUAUGCAGUCGGAUGAGAUUGUUCGCCCCAUUAAUAGCAGAUUGGUUGGUCAUGUGGCUGGUAAGACAAGGCACAGAGUAUCGAUCGAUUGUAUUUUAAAGGGUAGCAAAAACUUUUUUUGGGGGGGGGGGGCUACCCCUCCCCGUUCUGACUUUCUCACGAAAGGUCAGCACCGUGAGGAUCCCGGUUCUGGCCUGACCCUGGGUUCAACUAAGAAGGGGGCACCCCGACUCCAGGGAGUAGUGUGGCUUCCCUUCUUCCUCAAAGGCUCAAGGCUGGGAGGACAAAGAGUUGUGAGCACCCCGUUGUGACAUGCCCAGCUAGGAACCCUCAGCACAUCCCUGCUCCCGUUUUUAACUUCUUGGGUAGCUCACCCAAAAAGGUGCUAUGUGGAAACCUCUCGUUUGCAGUCCCGUUUUCUGGAAAGGGUGGAUGCCUCUGUGAGUAAACUUCUCCCCCCCGCCUCCCCCCUAGGUACCUUGAGAGAGGACUUGGCGGUCUUCCCCACAAAACUGACUUGAGUAUAGCACACGUGUGUGUGUGUGUGUAUAUAUAUGUGUGUGUAUUUACAAGACUUUGCGACUUUCAAAGCUGUUGUAAUGUUUCUCUCACGUCUUUGGCAAUAAAAACCUCUGGCUGCUCCUGGUCAGCGGCCUUUAAGCAGCCGCGGAAGGAUGCAGGUAAGGAAAGAGGUAGUCGGGCUGCGCAGCAAAGGGGCAAACGGCGAUUCGGACCACCGGCUGACACCCCUUUAAAUCAAGCCUGCAUUUCUCCCCAGUGGUGGUGGUGGUGAUGGUGUUUACAGGUUAGUUGCCAGUCUGAAUCACGUGCACACCCAAAGGUGUGUGGAAUCCCCUUUUCUGCUUGGGAUGCAGAUGGCUGCAGAGUCCUAAACACUAAGUGGGGCAACUGGUUCCUUCCCUGCCACCCCCACCUCCCCAAUUGGGCAUGUGAGAACCCGAGUUAACGCUACAUCUUAUCUGCUCAGAUCUCUUCUCUGUGCCUCGAUCUAGACCAGUGGUUCUCAGUCUGUGGGUCGGGACCCCAUUUGGGGUCGAACGACCAUUUCACGGGGGUCGCCGAACAAUGCAGUCCACCAUUUUUCCCCCCUUUUUCCUUAGCUGUGCUACUC